GACGUACUUUGGACGCACCGCCAAAGGUUUUUAAGGACCGGCCUAACUUGUGACAACAAACGGAUGCCGUCAAUAUGACGUGAAAUUUGACACAAACUUUUACGUCUUAACUCCGCUAGAUUUAACGGAUCUUUCAACCCCAAAACUUAACGUCCGUCGUCUAUCCAAUUUCCAAUUCCCCCAAAUUCACCAAACCCUAACCCUAAUUUCGAUGGCAUCUUCCGACGACGACUUUCCAAUCACCACCACCACCGCCGGAAACCACCACUCAAACCCUAACUUCCACCACACUCUAUCUGCUUCCACCGCCGCGGCAGCUCACUUACUACCUCCGAUCAACACACCGCCACCACCAGGGACAGAACAUGAAUCCAACGGUUACGACGGCGCGUUCUGCUCACGGCAGAUGGCGGUUACGCCGUACGAAACGGAUUCCGAUCAGAACAGAUCGGAAUUCAGCGACGGUGGAACGCCGUACAGUUAUAGUAAUAAAAAAUCUAAAGUUUCGGUGACGUCAUCCGGUGGUGGUGAGUAUAGGAAGGAUAGAGAAGAAUGGAGUGAUGAUGCAAUUGCUUGUUUGUUGGAUGUUUAUCUUGAUAAGUUUUUGGUAUUGAAUAGGGGAAAUUUGAGAGGGAGGGACUGGGAAGAGGUUGCGGCGGUGGUUAGCGAGCGGUGUGAGAAGCAACGGAAAAGUGUGGAGCAGUGUAAGAAUAAAGUUGAUAACUUGAAAAAGAGAUAUAAGUUGGAGAGACAUAGGAUGAUGAUGAAUAGUAGUGGGAAUGGCAUGAAUGGGAAUUCUACGAGUCAUUGGCCUUGGUUUAAAAAGAUGGAACAGAUUGUCGGGAAUGCGUUGCCUUUAAAGACGGUUUUGGGCGAAGAGAAUUCCGGGAGUGGCGGGAUGAGUAGCCCUGGUAGACAGUCCAAAAGAUAUACCACUGCAACGUCUAGUCCAAGUUGUCAGAUGACUACCAUAAAGCCAAAACCAGUGACUAGUGCUAGAUGGAGAAGAGUUGUCUUCAAAGUUAGUGGCACUUCUUUGGCUGGAACUGGUUCUCAAAGUGUUGAUCCGAAGGUACAUUAUCUUAUUACACUGGUAUGGACGGUUCAGUUACAUGUAAAAAUCUUUUUAAUACUAGUGAUUCUGCAAUUCUGCCGAUCUUUUAUUGUACAGGUGGCAAUGCUGAUUGCCAGAGAAGUAGCAAUGGUUUGCAAUGUUGGUGUUCAGGUGGCAUUAGUAGUUGGUGGGCGCAAUUUCUUUUGUGGAGACACAUGGGUUACAACCGCUGGUAUGGAUAGAAGCACUGCUUAUCAGAUUGGUAUGAUGGCAACUGUGAUGAAUUCCAUAAUCAUUCAGUCAGCAUUGGAGAAGUUGGAUGUUGAUACACGUGUCAUGUCAGCCUUUCCUAUGCCUGAGGUCUUUGAACCUUACAGCAGGCAACGAGCAAUCAGACAUCUAGAAAAACAGAGGGUGGUAAUAUUUGGUGGCAUUGGGGCUGGCACAGGAAAUCCACUCUUCUCUACUGACACAGCUGCUGCUCUUAGAGCCUCUGAAAUUCAUGCUGAUGCCUUUAUCAAAGGUACUAAUGCAGACGGUUUAUAUGACUCUAUGAGCAGUGUUGCAUUUGAUCACAUUUCAUUUAGGGAGUUGGCAUCAAGAGGUCCAUCACCCAUGGAUAUGAUGGCUGCCACAUAUUGCGAAGAGAAUGGGAUCCCUGUUGUCUUAUUCAAUCUUCACGAGCCUGGAAAUAUAUCAAGAGCAUUAUCUGGAGAACAAGUUGGCACGCUAAUUGAUCAGACGGGAAGGGUUGACUAAUUUUAUUUAACCUGUAUACUGACAUCGAAACCCCUCACAUGUCACUGUAAACAUCCUUGUGUCUCAGGUCCCGUUAUAAACUGCCCACCAAAUUUUGUUGCUGUAUAUUGCUGGCUUUCGACUAAAGAAAAGCAGACAACAUAUUGAAGUGGAGGUGGGUAUUGUUUAUUGUAUGUGACGUGUAAAUGAUAUCUGACAUAGAUGUCUUAGGUAAAAUCUUGUAAUAUCCAUAGUCGAGUGAGUGUUAGGCUGUGAUCAAGGUCUUGUAUCCGAACUUAUAUACAAGAUGAUGUGAUCUUGGGUGGUGAUUUCACCCUUAUUUUGUGCA